CCGGGCUUCUAAAGCCGGACUCAUUUGUUUCGUUAGUUGUUGUUUUUUGUUGUUCUUGUUGUAUGAUGGUUGUCUGCUGGGUGCUUAGCCUUACCCCGUCAUGAUGUUACGCCUCACCAGGAACCUUCUCCCUGCCAGCGGAUCGUCAGGGCUACGCUUCACAUCCUUUCGUGCAGCAAUAACACAUUACGAAUUUCGAGAAAAGCUCGGCUUACCAAGUAGACUGAACAGAACACGAGAGCUUCAAGAAUAUAAGGACUACUCAUUUAAUGAUGGAAGAGUGACUCCAGUAACUCCAGGCCAGCUAAAGAAAAUAAAAAUUCAGCGUGAUCUAGCUGCAUCAGCUGUGCGACAAUUGAAGGAAAUAAAGUUCAUCCAGAAUCGCCACAGUAUGAAAGUUCAAGGUAGACUUGAUGAGAAGCAGCACAUAAUCAACAGCAAACUGAAGCCGAAAGGAGAUGCGCUAGCAAAUAAAUCCAAAAAAUCAUCCAAGGAAUAGAUUUAUCAGCAUAUUUCGUACUUUAUAAGUUUUUCUUUUUCCAUGUUGAAGGAGGGAUAAUGUAAAUAAUACUCUAUUCAGUAAACUCUCUAUUAAUUGUU